AUGAUUGCUAACUUUCGAACAGCUUUCUACCAAAACCUCUUCCCCCAUUUGCAACAGAAGGAAGCCUCUAUCUAUCUCACGACUUUAUGGAAGUGCGAUCCAUUCAAAGCAAAGUGGACAAUCAUCGCUGCUGCGUACUCACAAAUCCGCAACACCGUUGGAAAACCACGAGCACCGCUGGACCAGUAUCUGGGCAUUAUCUGUCCGCGGAUGGGGAUCAUCGGCGUUGGAGCAUACCUCAAGCUUCUCAAUUGGACCAGCGAGCAGAACGCCGAAGGGGUUCUGAUAUUCAAACAAACCACAUUUCCCGACCUCCACGCUCUUAGCCAACGGAUUCUCCAUUCGAGCUUGACGGAAAAGGACAUUGUGCUUUUCUGUGGCUCUGCUGGAUACAUCAGUCAAGGUGUUGCCAGACGUAUUGUUGGAGCGCAAACAAACCACAGAGAGCCGCAACAUAGCCUCCUUGCUUCAGCCCCUAUCAUUGCGACUGGAAACAUCCAGAGUCCGAAUCUUGGGGCUCAACAAGCCAUUUCGAUUGAGACCAGACUUGAUGUAGCCUCAAUGUUACCUUGUCCAACCACCGAGAGCUAUGAAUGGACUGGAAGUAUGUCGGAUCUUUACCACCCAUCGGAAGGUAGUAUCGAUUUCGAUAGACUGCUUAGGAGCCACCACGUCAACCCAUGGAACACGGCCAACAUUGACGAUCCGUGUUCGUUGGAUACCUUUGUUGAGCAUGGUGUUAUGCAUGAUGGAUAUCUCGUUCCUAGCGGUAUGUUGACACCCUUGCUUUGGGAAAAUCUGCUAACUGUUGUAGUUCCGGACCAUCCAGAGAGCCUUUAG